AUGGAGAAGAGGGUUAAGGAAAUUGAAAAUUGUCAAUUUCAUUUAAAAAAGAGGGCUAGGAAGCAGAAGGCGAUGGAAGAGAGGCUUGAUGACAUUGAGAAAGAAAUGAAGAAGCAUGAGAGAGAGAAGGAGAACAAUGAUGGUUUCGACUACCAAACCAUGAAAUUUGACUGGAAUGGGGGGCGUUAUGACAGCAAUGGAGUGGACGCAACAAUCCAAAAACCUGAAGAUGCUGAUAUUGUUGAAAAUAUAGAGGUGGUAGAAGAACUAGAAGGUCAGAGAGGUCAAGCUGAAGUUCAAGUUGAAGAGAUUCAGAAAGAAGAUAAAAGUUCUGAAGAAGAGAAAGAACCGGAGCCUGAAACAGAAGCUGAAGAAGACAAAGAAGGUGAAGCCGUGACUCAUGAAGAGAAAGAACCGGAGUCUGAAGCAGAAGCUGAAGAAGACAAAGAAAGUGAAGCUGUGACUCAUGAAAAGAAAGAACCUGAGCCUGAAGCAGAAGCUGAAGAAGACAAAGAACAAGAAGAUAAGGAGGCUGAGAAAGAAAAAUUAUCUGAGAAAGAACCAGAUGAGGUUCAAGAAGAGGAUGAAGAGGCUGAUAAAUACACAGAGAAAGAGAAACAACAACGGUGGAGUCUUUCACUUUGCAAGAGCAAUGAUGGAACUUCUGCCGUAGAUGAGCCAACUGAAGAAGCUCUUGUUGUAGAUGAGGGAGCUCCUGCUGUUGAUGAGACGGAUGAGGAAGCUCCUGUUGUAGAUGAGGGAGCUCCUACUGUUGAUGAGACGGAUGAGGGAGCUCCUACUGUGGAUAAGGGAACUGAGGGAGCUGAGGGAGCUCCUGAUCGUAUUAGGGGAGAAGCAUAG